UGGGAUUGGGUGAGAGAGUUAGUCUCAUUACUGCCUGUACAAUGAGCCACUGCUCUUAGCCUGGCUGCUCCGAUGCUGGACAGAGGAACUUUACAUGAACUACAUGACCUGGCGCUUAUAGGAAUUGAGAGACCAAGGAGAAUUUCAACAGAGUAGACUUUCAACUUCAGCAUCAUGCAGGAACUCAGACGUUUGAUGUUCCUCAAGAAGGUUUAAUUUGAAGGUUGCUCCACUAUGAAGGACUCAAAGAGACAUUAAACUUAAAGGACGUCUAGUUUGGUUUGUUUGGAUUGUUUCACAUCACCAUGGAGAUCAGGAAAGUGCAUCAGAAAUGCCCUGGGACAGUUUUACUGACCAUGAUGAUGUUCAAAUGGGGUGUAUUCUGUUCUGCGUCAUCUGACAUGUGUGCAUCUUCACCCUGCCAAAAUGGGGCGACGUGUGUGGAUACAAUGGAUGACUAUGUGUGUUUGUGUUCACGGGAAGGAGUGCGGUACAUGGGGAGGGACUGCGAUGAGCUGUACAAUGCUUGUGUGUUUGCUGAAUGUGAAGGGUGUGUGACUGAACCUGGCACAGAGCACUACACCUGCCCAGAGGACAUCAACGAGUGUGAAAGUGGGCCAUGUGUAGGGGCCCUCUCUGAGUGUGUAGAUGAGCUGAAUGGCUACAAAUGCCUGUGCCCACCUGGUUUCGGAGGAGAGGACUGCAGUCGUCGCAUCAUAGACUGUGUUGAUGAACCCUGCCUCAACAAUGGCACCUGUAGACGGAUAGUGGACGGAUUUGAAUGCACCUGUUCAGAAGGUUUCCGUGGUGAGACCUGUGAGGAGAACGUGGAUGAGUGUGAAUCAAAUCCUUGUCAGAAUGGUGCAAUCUGUGUGGAUGGGACCAACAAGUAUCACUGCUUCUGUGUACCUGGAUACCAAGGACACAACUGUGAGAUUGACAUAAACGAGUGUGCAUCACGACCUUGUUGGAACAAUGGAACUUGUAUUAAUGGAAAAGACCAGUACCUGUGUGAAUGUCUGCUGGGAUAUACAGGAGUAAACUGUGAGAUGGAGAUCGAUGAAUGUGAGUCAAAUCCAUGCCAAAAUGAAGCCACCUGUCAUGACCUAGUAGGGCUAUACACCUGUGACUGUGUGCAGGGGUUUGAAGGUUCAGACUGUGAAAUUAACAUCAAUGAAUGUGAGAGUGAUCCAUGUCAGAAUGGAGGAAUCUGCUACGACCUCAUCGAUAGUUAUGAGUGUGAAUGUGAAGGCACUGGGUUUAUGGGAGACCACUGUGAGGAGGAUAUUCUGGAGUGUGCAUCAUAUCCUUGCCAACAUGAAGCAACUUGUCUAGAGGGCAUUAACCACUACAACUGUACCUGUUGGCCAGGAUUUGAAGGAGAAAACUGUGAGGUGGAUAUAGAUGAAUGUGCUGAUACUCCCUGUGAGAACGACGGCGAAUGUUUUGAGAAGUCACAACCAGAACACUGGGACACAGACUGGGAGUUCACCUAUGCCACAGCUGCAGGUUACGUCUGUCAGUGCCAACCAGGAUACACAGGGGAGAACUGUUCGGUGAACAUAAACGAGUGUGUAUCUGAGCCGUGUCACAAUGGAGGAAGCUGUAAAGAUCUUGUAAACGGAUAUAUGUGUAUAUGCCCAGAGGGGUUUGCAGGUGUGGAGUGUGAGGUUGAUAUAGAUGAGUGUGAGAGUGCCCCCUGCCUUAAUGGAGGUGUAUGUGAAGAUGGAGUGGCUGAAUAUAAGUGCCACUGUGCAGAAGCUGAGGAAGGUCUCCUGCCAUGGGGGGGACCCCAAUGCACUGUGCAACUCCGUGGUUGCAUUAAACAUGCAUGCCAAAAUGGAGCCACCUGCUUGCCAUGGUCGGAUGGAGAGACACACAAACAUACUUGUCUUUGUCCACCUGGAUUCUAUGAUGACGUAUGUUCAGCACCAACCACAUUCUCCUUCUCCUCACCAAAGUUCUUUCUUAUUGAAGUUCCACCAUUCAAGCGCAUAAGGAGAGACAUAGAAGAACAUGAACACCCCCGGGGGGUCCGCCUGCGCUUCCGCACCACACUGCCUGAUAUGCUGCUGUUCUUUCGUGGCAAUGCUGAUUUUUUCCUCUCUCUGGAGAUUGUUGGGGGUGAGCUGCAUGCCAAGGCAAUAUCAAAGGAGGGCGGGUCACUGGAGGCACAAUUACCCAGGCUUGUAAGUGACGGAGAUUGGCAUGAGGCAGUGGUGAACAUUGAUGGAUGGGAUCAGGAUAUCAGACUUGUGCUGCAAGUUAAUGGUCCAGCCUGUGACAAUCAAGCAUGCAGAGUUGAAUACAAGCUACCAGAUGGUCAAGAAAUUUUCUUGCACCAUGAUAGCCUCACAAAGUUAUAUGUGGGUGGAGUACCAGAGGAGUACAUGGAUCUAACCUUAAGUGGCAAUGGCUUUUUGGGUUGUAUGGAGGACCUACAGGUGGAUGGCCAUCGUGUACUGCCGCAUGAUCUCGAAGACGAGGAGGCAAGCAUAGAGUUGGGCUGUAUAAAGACGGAAUGGUGUGGGGUGGACCCAAAUCCCUGCUCUCAACAAGGGCACUGUGUCGACCUCUGGACAGACUACCGCUGUGACUGUUAUAGACCUCACUAUGGACGUGACUGCAGCCAAGAUUUCUCUUUUUGGACAUUCAGUCAUGAGGACUCUACAAGCUUUCUUGCAUUUGAACUGCUGUCUGAUUUUGGCAAGAACUUUAGUGUGUCAUUCUUCCUACGAUCUCUUAAACCAAGUGGAUUAUUAGUUCAGCUACAUAGGGCAGGGCUUCAAGGGACAGAGGAUGAUGAUCCUUAUUUUACCAUGUAUCUGGAAAUGGGACGAGUACAUGUGACCUCUGGGGUGGGGUCACCCAUCUUAUCAUCACCAGUGUUUGUCUGUAAUGGAGAGAAGCAAAUGCAUCAGAUGGAUGUACAGGAAGGUCAGGUGUUCUUUAGCCAUGGUGGAUUGCGCUACGGGCUUGGCUCUCUGUCUGACUUGGAAGUUCUAGAGGGAGACCUGGUGUAUGUUGGUGGGGUUCCAGGUGAAGAGGGUGCAGCUGAUUGGGGGGGUCAUUUUAAGGGCUGCCUGCAGGACCUGAGACUAGACGACGAGCAUCUGAAUGUGGAAGACUGGAACAGUACCCUCAGUGAGACUGUAUAUAUCUCCAGUCAUGCAGAGAACGUGCUUCCUGGAUGCAUGAGUGAUGACACAUGCAAGGUGGAGCCUUGCUUAAAUGGUGGAGAGUGCACAGUAACAUGGAAUGACUUUACUUGUUCUUGUUCUCUGGAUUUCACCGGAAAGACAUGUGAAACUCGGGUUUGGUGCGUCAGCGACCCGUGUCUAAAUGGUGGACGCUGCGUGGAUCUGUUGGGUGGUUUUGAGUGCAUUGCUAAUGCGACCUUUGACAACACACCCUUACACUACAGUGCUAAGGGAUCUCUAGUUUUCCCAGUGACCAAUGUGACCAUGGAGCUCCGUACAAGGCAGGAAAAUGCUGUGUUACUUCAUGCAUGGAAAGAAGCGGAGCUUUUACUGAUUGGUCUAGUGGAUUCAGCCAUUCAUGUGGAGCUUCAAACCGAGAACAGCGUGGAACCAGUGAUAUUCUCUGGACAGAGACACAUUGCAGAUGGAAACUGGCAUCACCUGAUGGUUGCCAUGGCCAAUCCAGAACGUGAUGCAUCGCAGUGGUUCAUUCUGGUGGAUGGCAUCAUUGAUGGGAGCAGUGCCCCAGAACUUGCUGGUAGUUUAAGUUUUCUUAAAGACUUGUCAAGUGAAGUCGCACUAGCAGAGACGUACACAGGAUGUCUAGGUGCUGUCAGAGUUGGUGAGGUGUACCUUCCAUUUGUAGACCAUACCAAAUUACCCCAAACAUCACAAUUUUGGCGACGACAAGAUGAGCAUGUGCACAUAGGCUGCAUUGGGGCUCCAGUGUGCCUCUCUCAUCCCUGCAGACGUGGUGGUACGUGUGUGGAUCUUUUCAAUACAUUUGGCUGCCAGUGCCCACCUGGCUGGGAAGGGAUCGCCUGCGAGAAAGAAACAGAUGAGUGUGUCUCAGGACCCUGUCUUCAUGGCCAGUGCAAAGACAAGUUUAAUGGGUUUGACUGCUUGUGUCACCCAGGAUAUGCUGGACCUACAUGUUCAGAAAACAUAGACGACUGCAAAGGAUUGAAGUGUAAGAAUGGGGGAACCUGUGUAGAUGGAGUUAAUGACUUCACCUGUAUCUGUCCACCCAAGUACAGCGGAACACGUUGUCAGUAUAACUACCCUCCUCUUAAGUGUGAACUAGAUGUUGAAUGUGAAAAUGAUGGCAUUUGUCAUGACACUCAAUGGGGGGCAAACUGCACCUGCCCUCCAGGAUUCACAGGAGACAGAUGUGAGAGAGAAGUUGAUGAGUGUGCAUCUAGCCCAUGUCUAAACGGUGGAUCAUGUCUGGAUCGGCUGAACCAUUUUCAAUGUUUGUGUCCAGCAGGAUUCAGUGGCCAGUUCUGUGAAACAAAUAAACAGGCUCAGCAAGAACAUAUACCAUGGUUGGCCAUUGCGGUUCCACUGGCAUGUGGCUGUAUCCUCUUGGUGGCCAUUGGACUCAUUUUUAUGUUGAUGACAGCACGCAGGAAGCGGCAAUCAGAAGGAACUUAUUCCCCAAGCCAUCAGGAGAUUGCUGGUGCACGCCUGGAGAUGGACAGCAUGCUGAAAGUACCACCCGAAGAGCGUCUAAUUUGAAUGCACAAACAGAUGUAGAUAAAGGGGCUCUAAUAUUGUCUGUGUGACUCUAUGGAACUACACUGGACCUUUCCAAGGCAUUGUGGUAUUACACAGCCACAGUGAGAAGCAAGUGCUACAUCAAACAAGCAACCUGAAGAUGUACUGUACGAGUGAGAGAGGAAAAAUUAAAACGGGAAACAUGAAGGCAUUAAAAAUGGUUGACCUUUUGUGGAGACCUAAAACUUUAACCAGCAACUCUCUCAAGUCUAGUUGAACUUGAACUUGGUGAUUCUUUACCUCAUGGCAUUGUAUGCCUGAACGGCUUUGACUGCAAAGAGACGGAAAUAAGAGUUUACAUUCUCCCCAGAGCAUUUAAAAUCUUUAACCAAUCCCUCUCAAAGAUAAGCACUAAAAAUAGUGCUAAGGAGUAAGCAACAUUUUGAAAAUAUUUUUUUUCGCAGCAAUUGAAUGUACAAGGUAUUGUAUAAUGUCUUUAGCAAGACUGUUAACUAGCUACUGUUCCUGCUGUAGGCUACACUGGAUUUGAUCAUCAACACUGAGGAAUGUGGCUUCAUAUUCAUGCAAAUGUGAACAAUUGGCCAUAUUAGCAUUUACAAUACAAGGGUGGGAACCAACCAAAACUAGUUACCCUUUUAAAGUAAUGCAUUGCAGUUUUGCAUGAAUUAUUGUUGUUUUCACAUUGUGUCAGAAUUACCCUAAUUAUGCAUUUACGAAUACUAAAAGCUAUUCACGUCAAUGCACAUUUACAAGUUAUGAUCAAUUACAAAAAAAGACUAAAAGUAAUGCUAGUUGGGUAGCAAACUCAGCACAUCUUUGUCUAUAAUGCCAUUUUUAUGUUAGCCAAUAAUCUGCACUUCUAGUAUUCCAUAAAUGAGACAGCAAGGAUAAGUGAUAUAAUAUAGUGAUUAAAUUUUUUACUAUCAUAGACAGCAAAGUUGCACAGCUAUUUAGCUGUUAUGGGUGAAGUCACAAGGCAAACAGCUUUUAGCGGAAUCUGAGCAAAAUUGUCAUCAAGGAAUUACGGUAAUUAAAAAAAAUGUCAACGCAAUAAUUUUUUAUUCUGUUUGAGACCGUUAUUGGAAAAAACUGUGAACAUGUUACUGUUUGACAAUCACCGCACUUGACAUUUUUUAGAAAUGUACGUUCAUACUACUAAAGAUAUAAAUAAACCACCACCAUUUGUAUACACUUACCUCUGCAUACACAUGUAAAUAUGACCGCAUUGAGCGGUGAAAUAAAAUUCUGCCUGUGUAUGAAGAUGAAACGAGAGAUCAGAGAUAAACAUAAGAACAAAUCCUUUCUGAUAUCUAAAUACUGUAAAAACUGAGCGAUUGCAAGUUGUGUUAAUUUUACAGGUUGUGUAUAUUUUGUAAAUUGUGGCUAUAAUUUGUUUUCUUUUUUGUCGCAAAUGAGUCAGAUUUUCUUCAAAUGCAUGCACAGGACUCACUAAAACUAAAAAGUACAGUGUGAACUGCAACAUCAUCUUAGGAAUAUAUUUUUGAAUGUGUAAAUGUGCAAAAAUUGUUUGUGUUUAAAUGUUUAAACAGAGUUACAGCUAAAAUAAUUAGGAAAAUUCAUAAUUGAUGUAAAGGUCAGGUUCAUGAUUAGUGGUGUUUUUUAACUUGUUAAACUGACAUUCCUAAAAUAAUAAUAAUAAUACAAUAUGUGCAAGAAUACUGGGAAAGAGAAUGGUUAACAAUAAAUGAAUAAAUGGGAGCAAAACAAAUCUCGAACCACUUUCAAAUGAAUAUACUGUGUUUUUAAUUAUGGCAAACA